AUGGUUUUCCUCGCUCUGGCCUCUCCCCAUCGAGCCAGAUGCAGGUUAUCGUCCUCAGUGAAAACAGAAGAGGAAAGUGGCUUGAGUCCAGCAAAUGACAGCGGAGCCAAAAAGAAGAAAAAGAAACCCAAACGGAAGAAAGAGAAAGGAGGAGAUCAGCCCAACCAGGCUCAGGACCAGACGGUGAAGGUGAACUCUUUACCUGCUGAGAGGAUCCAGGAGAUUCAGAAAGCCAUUGAGCUCUUCUCUGUAGGUCAGGGCCCUGCCAAAACCAUGGAGGAAGCCAGCAAGAGGAGCUACCAGUUCUGGGACACGCAGCCAGUGCCCAAGCUAGGAGAAGUGGUGAACACCCAUGGUCCCGUUGAGCCAGACAAAGACAAUAUCCGUCAGGAGCCAUACACCUUGCCCCAGGGCUUCACCUGGGAUGCCCUGGACCUUGGGGAUAGAGGCGUGCUGAAAGAGCUGUAUACACUUCUGAAUGAGAACUAUGUGGAGGACGACGACAACAUGUUCCGGUUCGAUUACUCUCCCGAGUUCCUGCUGUGGGCGUUGCGUCCUCCGGGCUGGUUGCCUCAGUGGCACUGUGGAGUCCGAGUUGUCUCCAGCAAGAAGCUGGUUGGAUUUAUCAGCGCGAUUCCAGCCACUGUCCACAUCUAUGACAAAGAGAAGAAGAUGGUAGAGAUAAACUUCCUGUGCGUCCACAAAAAGUUGCGCUCAAAACGGGUGGCUCCAGUUUUGAUCCGCGAGAUCACACGGCGGGUUCAUCUGGAGGGGAUCUUUCAGGCUGUUUACACAGCGGGAGUGGUGCUGCCAAAGCCUGUGGGGACUUGCAGGUACUGGCACCGGUCCCUGAAUCCUCGGAAACUCAUCGAGGUCAAAUUUUCCCACCUGAGCAGGAACAUGACUAUGCAACGUACCAUGAAGCUUUACCGGUUGCCCGAGACUCCCAAGACUCCCGGCUUGCGGCCAAUGGAGCACAGAGAUAUCUCUGCAGUGCAUAAGCUCUUGACUGAGUACCUGAAGCAGUUCCACCUGAUGCCUGUCAUGAGCCGAGAGGAGGUGGAGCACUGGUUCUUACCUCAGGAGAACAUCAUCGACACCUUUGUGGUAGAGAGUGCCCCAGGGGAGGUGACAGAUUUCCUGAGCUUCUACACGCUGCCCUCCACCAUCAUGAACCACCCGACUCACAAGAGCCUGAAAGCUGCUUACUCCUUCUACAACGUUCACACCAAGACGCCUCUCAUUGACCUCAUGAGCGAUGCUCUCAUACUCGCCAAGUCGAAAGGAUUUGACGUCUUCAAUGCACUGGAUCUCAUGGAAAACAAAACCUUCCUGGAGAAGCUGAAGUUUGGGAUUGGGGACGGGAACCUGCAGUAUUACCUGUACAAUUGGAAGUGUCCCAGCAUGGCACCAGAGAAGGUUGGCCUGGUGUUGCAGUAA